UUUGAUUGUGCCUUUUUGCAGGCUGCCCUCCAAGAAUUCCUGGUCUCUGUGCAUGUGAGGUGUGAAGGUGGGAGCAGCCCAAAGCCCUCAUCAUGGAUUUUGUUAUGAAACAAGCUCUAGGAGGGGCUACCAAAGACAUGGGGAAGAUGCUGGGUGGAGAUGAGGAGAAAGACCCAGAUGCUGCCAAGAAAGAAGAGGAACGACAGGAAGCCCUCAGGCAACAAGAGGAAGAGAGGAAAGCCAAAUAUGCCAAGAUGGAGGCUGAAAGAGAAGUUAUGAGACAAGGGAUUCGAGACAAGUAUGGGAUAAAGAAGAAGGAAGAAAAGGAAGCAGAGGCCCAGGCUGCACUGGAAGCUAAUGCUGAAGGGAGUCUGACACGCCCAAAGAAGGCAAUCCCUCCUGGCUGUGGGGAUGAGGAGGAGGAGGAAGAAGAGAGCAUUCUAGACACAGUCAUCAAAUACCUACCAGGGCCCCUGCAGGACAUGUUCAAGAAGUAAUAGCUGCAGACUGUUAGAUGGGCAUAAACAGUACUGCAAAGGAUUUCUCUUUUGCCCAAUGGGGAUUUACAAUCUUGCCAUCCAUCACGCAGCCCUCCCCACCUCUGCCCUCUACUGCUCACUAGGAGUCCCUUCGCUUCCCAUUCCUUUCUAACAGCCUCUUUCCCUUUCCUCCACCCCAAGACUUAUCCAUUCCUUUUUUGUACAUAGUCUCACAUCCAGUAGAUGCCUCUGAAUGGAUGUAAAGAUUAAAAAGCUGCAGACUACACAACUUUUAUUAUAAGCCAUAGUACUAUGUAUGUUAAAUAAGGCAACUGCACAUCAAGCAUAGAAAAGGAACAAUCUCAUUUCCAUCCAGAGCAAGAAGGAGUGUUCACUAAGUAUGAACAGUGGCCUCUUUAAUUUUUUUUAAUUAUCUUUUUUUAAUUAUUAUUUUUGAUAAUAAUUAGUCAUUAUUACAAUGUUCUUGUUGAUUAGGUCACACUAGCCAUUUUUUGUUGACCGCAUCUGCUCUUGGCAGGGAUAUCUCAGUUAUCCCAUGGAAGCAGAGCUUUUCAGUUUUAAUUCCAUUGCUGACAUAAAUAAAAGAUCAUUUGUAAAGUAAAUCAUGCAUGACUUACACAGCUGACAUCACGCAGAACUGUGGAAGAAGUGAGUCAUCUGCCCUCAGAUGCUGUAGAAGUUAAAUGCCUCAGAAUCUAAGCAAGAGUCAUGUUGCUUUGGGAAUUAGCCAUACACUUAACUUGAAAGAGCAUAUUGGUGAGACAGUUGCUAUACAGAGAGCUGAGACCACAGGAGAGUGCAUGGUGCUCUGGUAGAGGACCUUCCCAACCCCUCUGAAGCCAAUGACCAAGUACGUUUGCUGCUCUGUUUAACCCUCCUCUUUCUGCCCAAUACCGUAUUCAACACUCGCAUUUCCAGCACUGUUUGCAGGCUGGGCAUUUGGGUUUCCAGCAUAUUGUUGUGGCUGUGUCAUGCCCACCUCUUCCUGCAGUGUGUGGGUGUGUGUUGUGUCUCGAGUGUUAGUUAUGGCCCUGGAGAUCCAGAAAUUCGAGAUAUGCCUGAUAUGUAUCAUGCUAAAUUACUGCCUUGCCUUGGGGAGGUCACUUAUUUUUCUGCCCCAAUGGCAAAAUGUAGGUUUCGGUCUCUGCCUGCUAUAAAGGCAUGAAGUGAGGAUGCUUCUCCAGUACUGUGCAGGAGCUAAUUAAUAUUAGUGCAGAGUGUGGUAUCCCUCGAUGCUAAUAGGUUGGGAGGAAGUAUCUUUCUCACCAUUUUUUUGUUGCCUUUUGCAGAUACAGGUACAG